AUGUCCAGCCUCUCCGGACCUGAAAGAAGUAGCAAGACGUUGUUGAGAGUGUCAGCACCGGGUGUUCGAUUGGGUCUGUCCCUCCCGCCUGCCGUUGCGGGGUUUCGUCACUGCGAUUGGGUGGAUUCCCGUCCCAAACGAUAGACCUGGCACAACCCGCUUUCCUUGGGGCCUAUCAUCCUCGCUCUCUUUCCCUGUGGCAGAUGGAUAUGAACUGA